UCCUUCCUCUCCAAACAUGGCGCCGGCCCGCAGCUGCGCUGCCUCUCCGACCGACGACGCAGAGAAGCAGAGAAAGAAGCGAAGAAGAAGCGCGUAAAACUUCGUCCCAAAACGGGGUUGUAAAAAUUCCCUUUUCAAAAACAGACGCAACUCCGCGUGCCGUGACGGAACCAGACUGGGACUUUUACGCGCAGCGGUCGGGGACGUUUUGCGCGUCAGGCUGUCGUGCGUAAACGGCGAGCCCACCUGUCCGACGAAGGUAGAUUUCACUCCCGUUUCUUUUCGAGGAUGUGAAUCUCCCUGAUUUUUUGGGCCACAUAACGGAGGGGAGUGAGCAGAGAAGUGCGGGCUGGAGGGGAAACAUGUGCAGCCCUCUGAGGAGCGGCAACACCGCGGCUGCUGAGCAGUGACUCUUUCCGAGGGGGGAAAAAACAACAACUUUUCCACUGUUCCGCGCUGGGAGGAUGGAUGGAGAACAUUUUGCCCUGUCAGGAGUGGAGAGGGAAAGAGAGAGGCUUCCACCGAUUUUCAACAGCUCUUCUCAUUCUGUUUUGGGGCGAGGAGCCAAGCAAGCUUUUCCAUCUUUGGGCACCUUCAUCUCCACGCUGAGCCAGAGGAGGGAUGCAGGGGGGCGGGGCCUUCCCAGCCUCAUCACGGGCUCCCUGACCGGCACCGGCGGCUACAGACACGGGAGAGAGCUUCCUCCCAUCUGCCACGAUGUUCGUCAGAAGCAGCGAAUCUCCAUCGACACUUUGCCUCCAGAAGUCAAAGCUCCGUUCCCUUCUGACCCCAUCAUCCCCCUUCGUACCAAGACCACCAAGGAGUUUCAGGAGGACAUGGAACGUGCCGUCCAAUCCGGUGACUGGAGGGAGGUUAGAGAGUUUUAUCUGACCACCUUCGACUCCUUCACAGAAAUCAACGCUGCCUUCAAGCGGGAGGCAAAUGGAUUGUUUAACACGAUAGAGGACUCAGGAGUCAACGCCAAGUUUGUCAAUGCCGUGUACGACGCGCUGCUAAGCACACCUCAGGACAUCCAGAAGUCAGUAUUGAAAGGGAUCAUCAACAGCCUGCUGAGGGAGUGGAAAGGGCCUCGGACAAAAGACGACCUGCGAGCAUAUUUCAUUCUCAUUCAGAACCCCCAGUAUUCCAGCACCAGCACCUACGUGAUCUAUGCUCACCUGCUGAGGCAGAUCGCUGCUCUGUCUGAGGCCGACCACCACUUCCUGGUCCACUGGCUCAAGAGGCUGUCGGCCAGGCGCUUCCGGCAGCUGGUGGAGCGCCUCCUUCAGUUCAUCUCCACCCGCCUCUUCCCCGCCGAGCCGGAAGAGCUUCCUCCGGUAGCCAAGUGCUCGUGGUGGGUUCCCUCCGCCACCAAGGUGCUCAGCCUGUUCAAUGCAGCCAACAGCGUGUCGUCGCCUCCCAUCAUGCCUUUCACCGACUUCUACAACAUCACUCUGGAGCACAUAGACUUCAUGGAGGAGUACAGGACCUGGCAGAGCUACGGAAACUCAAACAGGUUUUCCUUCUGCCAGUUUCCCUUCAUCCUGUCUACGGGGGUGAAGAAAGCCAUCAUCCAGAAGGACUCGGAGCAGCAGAUGAUCAGCCAGGCCAGGCAAAGCCUGGUCAGCAAAGUUUCUCGCAGGCAGAGAGUAGACAUGAACCUCCUGUUCCUCAACAUUAAAGUUCGACGAGCGCAGCUCCUCAGCGACUCACUGGAUGAGUUGACGAGGAAGCGGUGCGACCUGAAGAAGAAGCUGCGGGUGACGUUUGUGGGGGAGGCGGGGCUGGACAUGGGCGGCCUGACCAAGGAGUGGUUCCUGCUGCUGGUGCGACAGAUCUUCCACACAGACUACGGAAUGUUCACCUACAUGAAGGACUCGCGCUGUCACUGGUUCAGCAGUUGGAAGUGUGACAACUAUUCGGAGUUCCAGUUGGUGGGGACUCUGAUGGGCUUAGCCGUCUACAACAGCAUCGCUCUGGACAUCCACUUCCCUCUCUACUGCUACAGGAAACUCCUCACUCCACCUACUACACCUUGUGACCAAAAUGCCUUCGUUGGCAUGGCAACCACCACGUUGGACGAUCUGCAGCAGAUAAUGCCGGAUCUGGCCCACGGCCUGGCCGAGCUGCUGAGCUACGAGGGGAAUGUGGAGGAGGACUUCUACCUCACCUUUCAGGUUAUGCAGGAGGAGAUGGGCAUCGUCAAAUCCUACAACCUGAAGCCUGGAGGAGAUAAGAUCCCUGUCACCAAGCAGAACAGGAAGGAGUACGUCCAGCUCUAUGUCGACUUCCUGCUGAAUAAAUCCAUUUACAAACAGUUUGCUGCCUUCUACCACGGCUUCCACAGCGUGUGUGCCUCCGACGCCCUCAUGUUGCUGCGGCCGGAGGAGGUGGAGAUGUUGGUGUGCGGGAGUCCGGAGCUGGACAUGAGCGCGCUGCAGAAAGCUGCUCAGUACGAAGGAUACGGCAAGACAGACUCCACCGUGCGGUGUUUCUGGGAUGUGGUGCUGGCGUUUCCUCUGGAGCUGCAGAAGAAGCUCCUCCACUUUGCCACGGGAAGCGACCGGGUUCCCGUCGGAGGAAUGGCCGACCUCAACUUCAAAAUCUCCAAGAUCGACGUUCCAACGGACUGGCUUCCCAUCUCCCACACCUGCUUCAACCAGAUCUGUUUGCCUCCAUAUCGAACCAGGAAGGAGCUCAAACACAAGCUCACCAUCGCCAUCUCCAACGCUGAAGGCUUUGGCCUGGAGUAACCUGGCCGCGCACACACACACACACACACACACACACACACACACACACACACACACACACACACGGACUGCCUGCCUGCUAUGCUCGCUAUGCGUCUGUCACAACACGGAUCCUGGGUUUGUGGAUCAGACUGCAGAGGAAAAGUGUCGCUCAGCAAGCUGGACUCACCUGUUUGAACUCUUGAUAUCUGCAGCAGAAGAAACUGCCAUUUUAUUUGCACAUAAACUGGUUCUGGUCGAAAAAAAGGACCUUGAGUGAAGGAAACUAGAGGAUCUUUACAAUUACACUACUGUGCAAAAGCCAUAAGCAGUUUAGAUUGAGAGGACGGCGAUGCUGUGGAAAGUUCUCCGAGGAGCCUGGAACCCACCUGCCUGACGUAUGGAGGCCUGCUGCCUGUGAAAAAGCAAAUGUGUAUUUCAUUCGUUUCUCUUUGCUACAUCUUCUUAUUGUGUAGAUUAUUAAAAAGAAGGUGCAGUAUUUUUUUUAAUCCAUCCUUACUUUGCUCUUAGUGCUUAAAUCUUUUGCACAGUAUUGUAGAUGCUUCCUGAAGAGAAGGAACGGUCGGCCUUCCUACAUGGUGAUUGUUUUAAAUGUUGUAGGGCUGGACCCGAAGAAUCGGACCUCCGGAUAUUUUUUUCGUUUGUGUGGAAAUCGGGAUUUAAUCCAGAUUAAUAAAGUUUGUUUUGUUCAAGAAGUCAGCGGGACCCCCUUCUGGCUGAGCGGUACGCUUUACCCUGGGUAACAAGUCAGCUGGUUAGAACCCCCCCCCCCCUUCGCAUUCAUUCCUAACGCUGUUGUAAGUUACCACGGCCUCUUAACCUGCGGCUGCCCGUCUUAGACCAAUUUGACAUUUUACGGACCUCUCGUGGUGAUGAUUCCAGUUUAGCGGUUCGCCUUGGAGCCAUCAUUACGUAGCACCACCCAGUAACCCCUCCCACCCUCUUCACUCCCCUCAACUCCACCUCCGGGACCCGGGAGGCAUUAAUGGCGCUUUUCCACUAGAAACUACUCAGCCCGACUCGGUUUUGUGCUUUCCCACCAGGGGUCUAACGUGUCGAGUAGAUACUUUUCUGUAUCUAUUUUGCCGAGGUUCUAAGCUGCUGAGUCGGCUGUAUCUGGAGUCAGACGUCUGAGUCAGGAUGUGAAAUCAGUGAAAGAGCGACUCUGACGGCGGCUUUUUGUUCAUUUUAUUCAACAGGCAAUGGCAGUAAAAGUCUGUUUGGUGAUCCAACUCUGAGGUGCAGAUGUUCAUAAAUCUGGUGCUGAGGAGAGAAUUAAAAAGGGAUCUAGACGGAGAUAAGGAACGACCAGAUCUACCAGGAGCUCUGUCUCUUCAUAGCUGCUCACGGCUCCAGCUGACUUUUCAGCAGCACAGAGACAAACAAACAAAAGAAAAAAGCGUUGCCGCUUGGAGCUUCUUUUUACAGAGCCCCUAAAGGGACACAGAGUUUUUUAUAUAUAUA